AUGUUGGCUGAUGUGAGUGAUUCUAACAAGCGCCGAUUGCCAUCCCCUCAUGUGGAGAAUGACAUUCCACUCAACGGGACCCUUCUGGAGGAGGCGCGGAAUGGAGACACCGAUGUUAGAAACAUUUCAAAUGAGAAAACGAAUCCUGGCAUGUGGGGAAAAGCGAAUGGGGCUUUGAAACGACGAAAAUCAGCAGCAAAACUGGCGCAAACUCGGGUUACGGUUGGCAUGCGUCUGAAGCGGUGGAUAAUCACGGGCCGGUUAGGUGCUGGAUCCUUCGGUGAGACCUUUACGGCUGUAGAAGAAACAAAAGAUUGCGGAGAUGGCGAUGAAGAGGAUGAAACGGCCGACAAUUUGGCAGUUUCACAUAAAAUUAGGACCUCCUCGAGUCCGGUGGAGGUGUGCAUCAAGGUGGAAAAAGAAAAUAAAAAUGUUCUUCGCAUUGAGGCGGCAGCGUUGAAAAAGAUGCAAUCCUGUCCUCAGGUAGCACGGUACUUGGGGAGUGGAAAUACAGGAGGUAUAAAUUUUUUAGUGAUGGAGCGACUGGGACCCAAUCUGGCGGAGCUGCGCCGUAGCACUCCCAUUGGCACAUUUAGUCAUUACACAACUAUUAGGUUGGGUAUAUCAUGUCUCCCGGGCAAUACGCGGG